AUGGUUGAUGAAACCAUAAGAGACCGUAGUCUUUAUGACCCACAAGCUCUAGAAUAUUUUUUUAAAAUAUUAACAGAUGUUAGCCAGGAUAACAAUCCCGAUGGCGAUGACGAAAGAGAAGAUAAUAUUGAAGAAGAACGAGAAACUGAAUUGGAAGUUCUUCUUCAAAAGCUCAUCGCCGAAUGUGAAGCUGUUGCUAGAAUAGGAGGUGCCGAAAAAACAUACCCAGUUGGACCUUACUGCGAAGAAGUUGGAGUUAAGGAGGUUAAAGAAGAGAAAGAAAUUGAAGUUGAAAAGGAAGAGGCUGGAGUUGAAAAGGCCGAAGAAAAAGAAGUUGAAGUUAAAAGAGAAGAAAAGAAAGAAACUAAAGAAGAAAAAAGUGAAAAGUAUGAGGAAAAUGUACUCGCGAGAAUCAGAAAAAUCAAAGAAGAUGUAGAAGAACUUACCAAAAAAAGUAAAGACCUGGAUUACGCUUGCGAAUCGUGGAUAAAGAAAGUUGAAAGAUUUAGAAGUAGGAAAUGUGCGGAAGACGGCGAUUUGAAAGAACAAUUUGAUCCUG